UAUUAAGAAAGGUAUGCUUGGUAAAGGAAAAAUAACAAUUCAAGGAUGUGUAAAGCCUCUCAAAGUUCACAAGUCUCAAGAAUGGAUUUUACAACAUGAUCUAAAAGAUUUCUACAGCUUGCAAAGAGUCGUAUUUAAGUGCUUAAAGUUUCAGUGUAUUUAUAUACAAAGUCUUCUAUACUAAAGGCGUGAUUUUAUUAUGUCUACACUGCAUUGGGAUUAAUUGCAAAAUUAAUGAAGAUUUUAUUUUAGAUGUUUACAAUGGACCUCUUAGAACAUGGCAGCUCCUUGCCCACACCAUUUUGUAAGUUAGUCUCUUUUUUAUACAGUGACGUAUGUUUCACUUCCUUUCUCUGUUAUUUCUGGACCUCUGUGUUUGUGUGCAGAACAAUAAACUUCAUGAUGCUGUGAUGGUAAGAGGAAAUGCUGGUCCGCUGGCCAGUCAGAAGAAAUUAUGUUUUUCACCUGCUACAGAGCUCUGUAUCAUUCAGUGUGUAGAAUGAAUAUGGAGUUAAUACCUAGUAGUUCUCUUGUUGCGACUCAUCUGUCAGUCUGACCUUCACCGAUGGCCAUUCUAGAAAGAAAUAACAAAAUCCUGCUGGAUUUGGUGCGACAGCCAGGUAACAACUUGUGUGCCGACUGUGGAGCUCCAGAGCCUGACUGGGCCUCCUACACUCUUGGUAUCUUUGUGUGCCUGAACUGCUCAGGGAUGCAUCGUAAUCUGCCUGCUGUCAGCAGAAUGAAAUCCAUACGUCUGGAUCACUGGGAGGAUUCCCUGGUAGAGUUCAUGCGGGAGAGGGGAAAUUCUGCUGCCAAAGCCAUUUAUGAGAAGUAUGUUCCUGCCUUCUUCUACCAGCCACAACAAAAAGACUGCAAUGUUCUUAAGGAUCAGUGGAUCCGUGCAAAGUAUGAGAGAAGAGAAUUCACUGAAGAAACCAACUACUAUCAGCAAGAAUAUUGCUCAGACCUGUUUGAGUCGACACUAUGGAAGAAGGGCAAAGACAACAAGCAGUUCCUCAAGAGGAUCUUCCUGCUGUCUCGGAAAGACUUCACCCUCAGAUACUUCAUUAAAGAGGAUUCCAAGGUUCCCAAGGCUGUCAUUUCCAUGAAAGACCUGAAUGCAGCUUUCCAGCCGGAGAAGAUCGGUCACGCUCACGGUCUGCAGAUCUCCUACCUGCACGACGAACGCAUGAGGAAUCUGUUCGUUUAUCACGACAAUGGACAGGUAAUUGUAUCCUUGUUCAACGCUAUCCGGGCAACACGCCUGGCAUACCUGCAGAAGAAACAUCCCACUCUUCAAGAUAAUGACUUAAUACCUCAGAUAACGAGACAUUACCUGAAGGAGGGGUACAUGGAGAAAACUGGCCCGACACAACGGGAGCCAUUCAAGAAGAGGUGGUUCACACUGUGCUCAGUAAACAGAAAGCUUCUGUAUUUUAAAACUCCACUGGAUGCCACAGAGCUGGGUGCAGUCUUCAUCGGCACAGAGAGCCAUAACUACUCUGUUUCAGAGAGCAGCGGCAGGAGCACGAGGGGAGGCCGGUGGCACUGCGGCAUCACGCUGCAGACCCCAGGCAGGCAGUUUGUGUUUAUGUGUGAGCAGGAGCAGGAGCAGAGGGAGUGGCUGGAGGCCUUCAAGAAGGUCAUCUCUCAACCCAUGACCCCAGAGGACUAUGCUAAUGAGGCCAACUUGAGAAGGGGGAAAUGACUGAAGGAGAUCUAUCUGCUGAGUUGUAGGAGUUUAGGACGCAAUAAUUACCCUUCUGGAAACACAACAGACUGAAAGCCUUACCGGCAAAAGAUCCUGCUCAACCUGUCAGUGAAAAAUAGAGAAAAACUCUGCUCAACAUCACUGACGAAUGAUCAACUCUAACUUUUCUGCUCAGACUUCAAUGGGACCUUGAAUAAGCAUGAAUUUUGAAUGUUCAUGAAUUUAUUGUUGUUACCACAGUGACACCAGAAUUCUUCAUAAUAGAUUAUGAAUAUGCUGAAACUAAACAUUGCAUUACUAACAGUAAGGAGUGGGUUUUAUGUACAUUUUGCAUUUUUUAAAAAUAAUUAUCUGGUAUUUUUUGUUAGAUGCUUAACUCAGUUUGCACAUUUUGUAAAGUUUAGGUUAAUCUUUCUCACACACUGUUUUGUUUUAGCUGUAUGUAUAGUUCUGUGAAGCUGAACACUUUGUGAUUUUAAUAAAAAUUUGAUUAAAUUUG